UACGACUAAUUGUAUUUAAUUUUAAAAAAUAAAAUAUAUUAAAUACCAGCUACAAAAAUGAGUAUGAGCGAUGACGACAGGGACAUUGACAUUGAGAGUGACGAUGAUGUGGACUCUGACAAUGGAUUGGGCUCCUCAAGACACACAAACACUGCCAAUUUUUCUCAGGCCGAAAAACGAGCUCAUCACAAUGCAUUAGAGCGUCGGCGACGAGAUCAUAUUAAGGAGAGCUUUACGAAUUUGAGAGAAGCAGUGCCUACGCUUAAGGGGGAAAAGGCUAGUCGUGCUCAAAUACUUAAGAAGACCACCGAGUGCAUUCAGACAAUGCGUCGCAAAAUAAGUGAGAAUCAAAAGGAUAUUGAGGAUAUGAAGAUGCAAAACAGCAUACUUGACGAACAGAUACGACGAUUAGAGGGCGGUGCGUCGAACGACCAAGAGUACGUAAGUGGUGAGGAGUUAAGCAGCGAUGUGGAGGACGCUUUGGAGAAGGCUGAUUUUAGCAGACGCAACAAAAAGAUGAAAACCUUCCAUUCAUAGCGAUCAUUGUAAACCCCCG